AUGAGCUUCUGCUCCCCUUUGAUCAAGGAGAUCGAUGGCAUGAACAUAGGCCCGAGCACGCACCCGACAGGGGAUGCCUUCGUGGCGCACGGUGCAGUUGAGGCGGAUGCUUCGACCGUACAGUCGAGGCACGAUGGACGCAGGCUGGAGCAGGCCAUGAAUUCGUCGGCCACACAGACCGACGCCUGCUUGCCCACAACGUCCAAGAGCAUGUCAAGCAAAGAGCGAGUGAGCACUUUGCCCCUCGAUCGGAAAGCCAAAAAGGAGCUGCCACAACCCACACACCAGCUGUUCCGAGUAACUCCCGUAUUUAAAAUCUCUCUCCUCUCUCUCUCUUUCUCUCUCUCUUUCUCUCUCUCUCUCUCCCAAAUCUCUCUCUCUCUCUCCCAAAUCUCUCUCUCUCUCUCCCAAAUCUCUCUCUCUCUCUCUCAAAUCUCUCCCAAUCUCUCAAAUCUCUCCCAAUCUCUCUCUCUCAAAUCUCCCUCAAAUCUCUCGUCUCUCUCUCUCUCUCAUCUCUUUUUGUCUUCUCCCUCUAAAAUUAAAAAUUACAUCCGGAUGCGCAUAACAUCAUGUUGGAACUCUCUGGUUGUGUGUGGCGAGAUGACGACAUUUUUUUUUUCUCUCUCGUCUGCCACUGACUCACACACGCUCACACGGCAGGACGGACGAACGGACGCAGCGACUGGCUGGACUCCAGAACUACAAAACUGUGCUCACUAUGACGCCAAGGGCAAGAAUUUGGACAUGCGCGAGCUCUUUGCCGCCGACUCGAAGCGCUUUGAUGACUUUAGCCUGAAGCUGGACUUGGCCGAUGGCCCCUUCCUGGUUGACUACAGCAAAAACCGUGUGGAUGCCGAGACCAUGAAGCUGCUUUACGAUGUGGCUAGGGAACGCCAGGUUGAAGCUGGCCGCGACCAAAUGUUCAAGGGUGAGAAGAUCAAUUUCACCGAGGAUCGUGCCGUCCUGCACGUGGCCCUUCGUAACCGCAGCAAUGACCCCAUCAAGGUCGACGGGCAGGACGUCAUGGGCGACGUCAAUGCGUGCAUAUAUCCCAAUGGCAAUGGUUCCAUUGCGUUGAUUCAAGUGGCGCACGUUCUCGACCACAUGCGCGAGUUCGUGGGCGCUGUGCGCUCGGGCAGCUGGAAGGGCUACACUGGCCAGGCUAUCACGGACGUUGUCAACAUUGGCAUUGGUGGCUCUGAUCUUGGUCCUCUCAUGGUGACCGAGGCCCUCAAACCCUAUGGCGGCCCCAUCAACGUUCAUUUCGUUUCAAACAUUGACGGCACCCAUAUGGCUGAGACUCUGAAGCGCAUCAACCCGGAGACGUCGCUCUUUGUCAUCGCAUCCAAGACAUUCACCACUCAGGAAACCAUCACCAAUGCCACAACGGCCAAGGAAUGGUUUUUGGCCAAGGCUCAGGACCAGGCACACAUUGCCAAGCAUUUUGUGGCUCUCUCCACGAACAAGGAAAAGGUCUCCGCCUUUGGCAUCGACACCGCCAACAUGUUCGAGUUCUGGGAUUGGGUUGGCGGCCGCUAUUCGCUGUGGUCGGCCAUUGGCAUGAGCAUUGCCUUGUACAUUGGCUUUGAGAACUUUGAGGCACUGCUGGCAGGUGCUCAUGAUAUGGACAACCACUUCUGCACCGCGCCAUUGGAGAAGAACGUGCCCGUUACCCUGGCUCUUCUCGGCAUUUGGUACAACAACUUUUUUGGGGCACAAACCCAUGCUCUGCUGCCCUACGACCAAUACAUGCACCGAUUUGCAGCAUACUUUCAGCAAGGAGAUAUGGAAUCCAACGGCAAAUACGUGACGCGGGAUGGCUCGGAAGUCACCACCAGCACUGGGCCCAUCGUGUGGGGCGAACCCGGCACCAAUGGCCAACAUGCCUUUUACCAGCUCAUCCACCAAGGCACCAAGCUUGUGCCUUGCGACUUCAUCGCCCCUGUGGACACGCAAAACCCCAUCUCGAGUGGCAAGCAUCACACGAUCUUGGUCAGCAACUUCCUGGCUCAAACUGAGGCUCUUCUCAAGGGCAAGUCCUCGGCAGAAGCAGAGCAGGAGCUUCAGUCCUCGGGCAUGCCUGCGGCCAAGAUUCCCAAGAUUUUGCCACACAAGGUCUUUAAGGGCAACCGCCCCAGCACCAGCAUUUUGUUCCAGAAGCUAACACCUCGUACCUUGGGCUCUCUUAUUGCGAUGUACGAGCACAAGAUCUUUGUUCAAGGCUGGAUCUGGAAUAUCAACUCGUACGACCAAUGGGGCGUGGAACUGGGCAAGCAACUUGCCAAGGUGAUUCAGCCCGAAUUGGAAGGUGAUGCGGAGGUGACCUCGCACGAUAGCUCAACCAACGGGCUGAUCAACUUUUUCAAGAGCCACCGCACUUACCACAAGCAGUAAAUGCGCCCUUUGAGCUUUCAAAGCUCAGCAUCAGCUCGGCGCAAACCGCAUGCUAGGAUCAAGUCCGUUCUCCAACGCCGUGAUGCCUGACACUGGAGCUGUCCUGCGUGAAAAAAAGAAAAGUAUUGAUUUUGAUUGGAUGUACAGUCAUCGAGUGGGGAGGCGGGCCGUUGCUGCCCUUUUUCGGUGCUUGUCAUGACAUCUUGAGAAAAGGUUGAAAUUGUUUCACGAAAUCGAUUCUAUCUGUGUG